GUUUAUUUCUUCCUCCCUACAUUCCUUUACCACUUCCGACCCGCCUAUCAAUCAAGGGGUGCAAGAGCUAUACAUUCGGUACCAAACACCAGAUGCAGUCUUGCAGCGUUCAUGCAGCUCCAUUGAUCAAACAAUACUGCCAAUGUUUCGCUCGAGCUCAUUCGUUCAAAGCAAACCCUGGGGAACAGGCUGGCUUCCGAGGACCUUCCAGUUAUUGGUCCGAGCUAGGAGUCGCGGACUCCUCACUCACAGCUACGCUCGUGGACCAUCAGAGCCCCCGUUGCUGGAUUCGACGGUUGGCGACCACUUCGCGCAGAUCGUCAAGCUCCACGGAGAUCGAACAGCAGUCAUUUCCAAGCACCAAAGCGAGAGACUAACAUAUGCUGCUCUGGACACCAAAAGCAAUGCGUUUGCCAGGGGCCUGGAAUCCAUCGGAGUUCGGCCCGGUGACCGAGUUGGCGUCAUGCUGGGAAAUUCAAUGGAAUACGCCAUCGCAACCUACGCACUGUUCAAGUUAGGAGCUAUCCUGGUGCCUAUUAAUCCUUCAUUCAACACUACACAAUUGACCGCCGCUCUAAGUCAUCUCGAUACAAGUCAUUUGAUAGUCAGUGCUGAAUCGAACUUGCCUCGAAAGCCUCCACGGACCAAUGUGCCACUUCUGGAGAGUAUUGUCCAUGAUAUUGCGAGCCCUACCCUGAAAUCAGAAUCAAUCCCAUCACUGAGGAAUGUCAUUCUCGUUGACAACUCUUCUGGCCGCUUCGAUAGCACGAAGUACAGAGGACUGACAGCAUACUCCUCCCUAACCUCUGAUGCUGCGUUCGACGGGACCUCCCUACCAUCACAAAAUUUGUCCCCCGAUGAUAUAAUAAACAUCCAAUUCACCUCUGGAACUACCGCAAUGCCUAAAGCUGCUUGCCUUACGCAUCGCGCAAUCUUGAAUAAUGGCUGUCAAAUCGGAGAUCGCAUGCGUCUCACACCCGAGGACGUUGUCUGCUGUCCCCCACCCCUCUUCCACUGUUUUGGUUCCGUACUGGGAUAUAUGGCGACGGGAACACACGGUUCAGCCAUCGUUUUCCCGACAGAGUCCUUCAACGCCAAAGCAGCCCUCGAAGCGGUGCAAGAAGAACGAUGUACAGCCCUCUAUGGCGUCCCUACCAUGUUUCUCGAGGAGCUCACUCUACUCGAGAGUGGCGAGAUCUCAUCCGAGGGAUUCCAGUAUCUGCGAACAGGUAUUGCAGCAGGAAGCAGCAUCCCAGCCGAAUUGAUGAAGAAGCUCCACAAAGUCCUCAAUCUCACCGAGCUCACCAUCUGCUACGGCAUGACUGAGACCAGUCCAGUAUCUGCCAUGACCACAACCGAUGACCCGAUCGACAAGCGCAUCCACACAGUUGGUACACUUUUACCCCAUGUGGAAGCGAAAGUAGUCGAUCUUAGCGACCACCGCAAGAUCGUCCCCGUUGAUGUCCGCGGGGAGCUGGCAGUAAGCGGCUACCUCCUGAUGAAGGAAUACUGGAACGACCCGAUGAGAACAGCCGAGGUGAUGAUUCCAGAUGAGGAUGGGAAAGUUUGGAUGCACACCGGUGACGAAGCAACCAUCUCCCCAGACGGCUAUAUCACAAUCACUGGCCGCGUCAAGGACCUUAUCAUCCGCGGCGGCGAGAAUAUCCACCCCUUGGAGAUCGAGAAUUGUCUUCUCGCCUACCCCGGAGUCAUGAAUGUGUCAGUUGUCGGAGUCCCAGACAAACGAUACGGCGAAGCUGUGGCUGCAUUCAUCAUUCACCGUGACCCUGAAGGGGAGGGCGUCACGGAGGAGAAGGUCAAAAAAUAUGUCUACGAGACGUUGAGCAAUCACCUCGUCCCGAAACACGUGUUCUUCCUACCUGCCUCAGAGUCAUUUCCAAAAACUGCGAGUGGCAAGGUCCAGAAAUUCAAACUUCGAGAGAGGGCGGUGGAAAUGUUGGAGGGGAAGAAAGUUUCGAUUUGAUGAUGGACUGGCUAUCUACGUAUGGCCUCUAUUCCCGUGUGCCAUCUUGCAGGUACAGCCAUUUAUUACUUGGGGCUUUGGAUUUUAG